GCCAUGGCGGAUGUUAUGAAUGUCGGAGUGAAUUUGGAAGCCUUUUCUCAGGCUAUUAAUGCCAUCCAGGCUCUCAGGUCCAGUGUAACCCGGGUGUUUGAUUCUCUGAAAGAUGGGAUGAAGAAUAAAGAAUCGCUUGAAGAAAGAGAAAAGGUGUUUAUUACAGAAUUCCAGGACAACCUGCAGGCUGUGAACCGCGACUUGAAUGAGCUGGAGCGGCUGAGCACUUUGGUUGGCAGGCCGUCUGAGAGUCACCCCUUACACAACAGCGGCUUACUCAGCUUAGACCCGGUCCAGGACAAAACUCCUCUGUACAGCCAGCUUCUACAGGCCUACAAAUGGUCCAACAAGUUACAGUACCAUGCAGGCUUGGCAUCCAGCCUUCUGAACCAGCAGUCACUCAAGCGCUCAGCCAAUCAGAUUGGAGCAUCAGCAAAGAGAAGACCAAAGGUCCAACCCAGCACCUUGGCCCUGCCCACACAGUACGUGGAUGAUGUAAUAACCAGGAUUGGUCGUAUGUUUCCAGACAUGUCCAUUGAACUUUUUCGACCCAAUGGAACAUCUGCUGUGCUUUUGGUGACACUGGGAAAGGUCCUUAAAGCCAUCGUGGUGAUGAGAAGUCUGUUCAUUGACCGCACCAUCGUCAGAGGAUACCACGAGAUUGUGUACUCAGAAGACAGAAAGCUGGAUAUCUGGGGAAAGUCUAGCUACCAAGUCUUUCAGAAGGUGACUGACCAUGCCACCACUGCUCUGCUACACUACCAGCUGCCCCAGAUGCCUGAUGUGGUGGUACGUUCAUUCAUGACCUGGCUCAGAAGUUACAUCAAGCUCUUUCAGACACCAUGUCAACGUUGUGGGAAGUUUCUACAGGACGGCCUGCCCCCAACCUGGAGGGAUUUCCGCACCCUCGAGGCCUUCCACGACACUUGCAGGCAGUGACCCAACAAGCCCUGAAAUUAACCAAGCCCUAAACCCUACAGAGGUCACCUACACGCUCCUGGACACAGGUGGAAGUAUUACAAGUGAAUCCAUGUGCAUCAAUGCGCUUUUGCAAAUGAAAGCCCAGCUAGGUCAGGAGUCACAGGGUGAACAUACAUGAUGAUUAUAUCCUGCAGAUGUGCUAAGAAGCAGCAAUGUUUCUGAACAUCAUGUUCCUACAAUAAAGUUUUGUAUUCAUU